GAGCUCACUGACGUCCCGAUUGAAUUCAUCCCUCGCCUAAAUUGCUUACAUUGUCGCCUUGCGUUUCGCUUGGACUGUAAAUGCAUGAUUUAAACUGAGGGAAUAUAUUUAUAUAUCAAUGAAGACUAGGACGGUGAUUCACUGCCUUCUUGGCCUUCAAUUAUUUUGUCUCUUUUCAAUACAGGUUUGCCUUGGACAAGAAUUAGUGAUUCAAAGUUGUUCUGGUGCUGGCUGCCCACCACAAACUGAAGAUGAAUGCAACUGCCUGAAAGGAGUAAAAGGAUCCAGGGGAUUACCUGGACCUAGAGGACAACGUGGACCACAGGGAGUGAAGGGAGAUGCUGGUAUUGAUGGUCUUCUAGGUCCCAAGGGUGUCAAGGGGGAGGCUGGAAACCAAGGACAAACUGGUCCAAGAGGAGAUGUGGGUAUGGUUGGUCUUCCUGGACACUCUGGACAUCAUGGCGUGCCAGGUGUGAAUGGCAUGAGAGGACCAAAAGGGUUUUAUGGAAUUUGUGGAUGCAAAGGAGAAAUGGGUGAAGGUGGUUUGCAAGGUCCUGAUGGUCCUCCUGGAGAUCCUGGUGCUUCUGGAAAUUUAGGCAUUAAAGGAAAAAAGGGUGAACCUUAUACGGGAGAAGAUGUAACUAUAACUGCCAAAGGGGAGCCAGGUGAAAGAGGACCCCGUGGGUCUCGUGGUCCUAAGGGACAAAGAGGUCCGAAUGGUCCAGAUGGUAGUGAGGGUGAAAAUGGUGCACAAGGGCCAAAGGGUUUAUUGGGUGUUAGAGGAUCCAAAGGUGAAAAGGGAGAACCUGGUGGUCCUGCUGAGCCUGGUGAUCCAGGAGAACCUGGUGAGCCUGGUGUUCCAGGAGAAGUAGGAGAACAAACUGGAGUAAACCCGGCAGAGAAAGGAGUGAAAGGUAGUAGGGGUAAAAAGGGUGYACAGGGUAUCAAAGGAUUUCAAGGUGAUAAAGGAGCCAAUGGUGACAAGGGUGAUAUUGGAUUUCCUGGAGAGAAAGGUAGACAAGGUGUAAAAGGAACAAAAGGUUCAAAGGGUAGUGAAGGGGAAGAUGGUCCUCAAGGACCUAAAGGAAAACCUGGUGCAACUGGUCAACAAGGUGACGGAGGGAUUGAUGGCCCUAAAGGAAAAAAUGGACAACGAGGCAAACCAGGGCCACAGGGAUACCCUGGAACUAUAGGUGAACGUGGGAAAGGGAUACAAGGACCCAAAGGUCCACCUGGUAAAAUAGGUGAAGUUGGGCCACCUGGGGGUCGUGGUGAAGUUGGUCCUCCAGGGGAAAAAGGACUAGAUGGUAAUCCUGGUAUUGGUGCAUUUGGUCCUGAUGGUGAAGGAGGAGACAAGGGAGCUCCUGGUCCAGAUGGUCCCCCAGGAGCACCAGGAAUGAUUGGCAUGGCAGGGGCUAUGGGAAAUAAGGGAGACACUGGUUCACCUGGUCCUAGAGGUGAGCGAGGAAAAGUGGGACGAGGUAUUCCAGGACCUCCAGGAUUAAAUGGUCCUCCAGGUGAARAAGGUUUAAAGGGUUCCAGAGGUGAUCCAGGUCCACAAGGUCGUAAAGCGGAGCCAGUGGAAUGUCCAGAAAAUGUCUGCCCAGAGCCUCUCAAGGGAAGGAAAGGUAUUUUUGGAGAUUCUGGAGAUCAAGGACCAGAGGGYAAACAAGKCCCAAAAGGUUUAAAAGGUGAAAGAGACACCUGCCCCAYUUGUAAAGAUGGUGAUAGAGGGGAUAAAGGUGACAGUGGCAAUGAUGGCCCACCUGGAAAAAAGGGUGAAAAUGGUAUAUUAGGCCCAAAUGGACGUGUUGGACCUCCUGGAAAACCUGGUAUUGAUGGUACUGAUGGCAUUCCUGGAAGAACUGGUCAAAAGGGGGUUCCUGGAACCCCUGGUUUUCCUGGGAGGAAGGGUGAACCUGGAGAAACAAGAGAAGAGGUUGGCAGGGGUGAAAAGGGUUUACCAGGAGAAGSAGGUCCUAUUGGUGUUAAAGGAAGUCAAGGCCCUCCAGGAAGUUCUGGCSUUCAAGGAGAAUUUGGAUCGCGUGGUGCAAUAGGAAAGCCUGGAGAACCUGGAGACCCAGGUAAAAAUGGUAUUCCAGGUAAUCCAGGRGAGCAAGGUGCAAAGGGAAGACAAGGUUUAAAGGGUGAACCACCCACAAUUGUAACACCAGAGGGGCCACUAGGUGAGAAAGGAGACCCAGGUGACAGUGGAAAUACUGGUGAUAUCGGUGAACCUGGAGAGAAGGGCCAGAAAGGCAGUGGUCCCCCACCUGGAGGGAGAAUCUGGAAGUAAAGGAGAUGAAGGUUUCCGUGGUCUUCGUGGUGAGAGAGGUGAGAAGGGUUCUAGAGGAAUACCUGGGAAGAAAGGUGUCCCUGGUUUUCCUGGCACUAAGGGCAUGAUAGGGGAACGUGGCAGCGGAACAACCCCUGGACUUGAUGGUGAACAAGGUGCCUAUGGGAUAAAUGGAGACAAAGGUCCAAAAGGUGAUCCUGGUCCUGAUGGAAAUCCAGGAAAACAAGGAGAGGAAGGAAAGGCUGGACCUGUUGGUCCWAUAGGAUUGCCAGGUGUUGGUGGAUUAGGUGUAAUAGGUCUACCUGGACCUAAAGGSGACAAAGGUAUUCCAGGGAGCGGUACAAAAGGAGUUCCUGGAGUUACUGGAGAGAAAGGCUUACCCGGAGCUCCCCAAAGAGGUCCACCUGGAGAUCCUGGAAAUCCUGGCAUAAAUGGAACAAAUGGCGCCCGUGGCUUAAAAGGAAUGCAGGGACCACAAGGUUUUGUUGGCCCUCGAGGCCCCAAGGGUGAUCUCGGUAAAAAAGGUGUUAAGGGAAUACCUGGAAAAAUUGUUUGUGGUCAGGAGGCUGCUGACUAUGCCUUCUUGAUUGAUGCAUCUGGAAGUAUCAGAAGUUAUGAGUUCAGAUUGCUUCAGUCUUUCAUUAAAGAUAUCAUUGAGUUCCUUCAGAUUUCUGAAACGAAAACCCACAUUGGUUUGAUUGAAUACAGCAGUAGUGCAAAGCUUUGGCUUCAAUUUAAUGAUACCUAUGAUAAAGUUGAAGUACAGAGAACAGUUGAUGACAUACUACACACUAGGGGUCUGACAAGAAUUGAUUUGGCACUCAAGAUUGCCACUGAGAAGCUAUUUACUAUUCAAGGUGGAAUGCGAGUAAAUGCAAGAAAGGUCGUCAUUCUUCUAACAGAUGGAAACCAGACUGGUGAAGAUAAAUUGGGAUUUUCAGUGUCACUUAGUGAUUCUAUAAAACCAUUGAAAGAAUUAGAUGCUAAGAUAAUUGCUGUAGCUAUUGGUAGUGUUGACAAGAGACAACUUCUGGAAAUGGUUGAGGAUGAGAAGGAUAUCCUCACUCCAAAGAACUUUGAUGAUUUGAGAAACUAUGUCAAAGAAACUAUUUCUUAUUCUUGUCGUGGACCACCUGGAGAUGAUGGUCGAAGGGGCUUAAAAGGGAAAGUUGGUGACUCAGGAUUUCCAGGAUUUCCAGGAAUACCAGGCAUUCCUGGAGUUUCUGGUGAACAAGGAGCAAGAGGUUUACCUGGUCCACGAGGUGUAUUAGGUGGUAUAGGUGAACCUGGUGAUAUUGGAGAAAAAGGUUAUGCUGGAUCUGUCACAGCUGGUCCAGUUGGUAUAAAAGGUAAUCCUGGUGAUCCUGGAGAUCCUGGUUAUCUUGGACUCAAAGGCACAAUGGGUAAGAAGGGUGAGCAGGGUGUGCAAGGCUUUCCAGGAGUACAAGGGCCAGAGGGUAAAAAAGGAGUCACUGGAGAUGAAGGUGGUGAAGGUGAACAAGGAUCAUAUGGAAGACAAGGCGAACCUGGUCGAAAUGGUGUUCCUGGUGAAAAAGGAGACAUUGGGGAUGAUGGACUUCCAGGGCUAUCAGGAACCAAUGGAGUGAGAGGUCGUGAUGGUGUUCCUGGUGAACGAGGUCAGCCUGGACAACGUGGUGAAAAUGCAGAAGGUCCCCCUGGUGAUCCUGGCAUACUUGGUAACACAGGACCACCUGGAGGAUCUGGCAGCAAGGGAGCUCUAGGUGAAAGAGGACCACCGGGCUUACCUGGACAGUCAGCUCAAGGACCAUAUGGAUCACCAGGUGUUGAUGGAGAAAAGGGUGAGAAAGGAGACCCAGGCCGAUAUGACUCUGAUGUACCUCUACCAAAGGGAAUCAGUGGUGAAAAAGGUGGUUCUGGAACAAAUGGUAUGCCAGGAAAGAAAGGAGAACCUGGUGAACCUGGACCUGAUGGAAAGAGUGGAGGUUCUGGAUUCAAAGGAUUCAAAGGUCCACGAGGAGCUCCAGGAUCUACUGGUUUAACUGGUCAAAAGGGAGAAAAUGGUGAAACUGGUCUUAAAGGUUUCCAGGGACCAAGAGGAGAAAAUGGUUUAAGUGGAGAACAAGGAGGAGGUGGAGAGUUUGGACGUGAUGGUGUUCCUGGAACACGAGGAGAACCUGGUGAACAAGGUCUACUUGGAGAACCAGGCAUUAAUGGUAAACCAGGUAGACCUGGUACUUCAGGUGAUAUAGGAUUGAAGGGAGCAGAUGGAAAUCGUGGUGAAGCAGGCCCAAGAGGACCACCUGGUGAUGAAGGACUUGCUGGACUAGAAGGGUUUCAAGGGGAAGCUGGUAGACCUGGUAGACCUGGGCSCCGUGGUCCAGAAGGUGACAGUGGUCCAAUUGGUCCAAAAGGUGAUUUUGGUAGKCAAGGUGCAACUGGCUUUAAUGGUUUCCCUGGAGAAAAAGGAGCUGCAGGAAAUAAGGGUCAAAAAGGUAAAAAAGGGGAACAAGGUCCAAAAGGUGCCAUUGGUGAGCAAGGUCCCCGUGGAGAUGAUUCUAUCACCACAGGCAAGAAAGGAGUUCAAGGUUUCCCUGGUGAUCCUGGACAGCCUGGACAGCCAGGAGAUCCUGGAGACCGUGGUCCUUUAGGUCCCAAGGGAAUCUUUAAAGGAGAAAAAGGAAAUGUGGGUGUGGCUGGUUUACCAUCUGUCAUUCAAGGAGUCCCAGGUCCUCAAGGCCCCCCUGGUAAUAUUGGUAAUCCAGGUAGCCCUGGURAACUUGGUACCCAAGGUCCUCCUGGACCCCCAGGACCUCCUGGGCCAUCAAUAGCAUUUGUAGGUAACUACAUAGUACGACACAGCCAAUCUACAACUACGCCUACGUGUCCACCAGAUAUGAUUGAGUUAUGGCGAGGAUAUAGUAUGCUGUAUGUACAAGGUCAUGAUACAUCACAUGGACAAGACUUAGGUUCAGCAGGAUCAUGUAUGAAACGCUUUACUACUAUGCCAUACCUGUAUUGCAAUAUCAAUAGCCAGUGUAAUUAUGCUUCUCGUAAUGACUACAGCUACUGGCUGUCUACCGACAGACAGAUUCCCAUGAUGCCUAUUACUGCUGAUGCAGUGGAACCAUUCAUUGGUCGGUGUGUAGUAUGUGAGUCACGUGGUCCAGCAUUGACUAUUCACAGUCAAAGUGAAGACUUACCAAGAUGCCCAUCCCCAUGGAAACCUGUGUGGUCUGGAUACAGCUUUUUAAUGCACACUGGGGCUGGUGGUAGUGGAAGUGGGCAAUCUCUUGGGUCAUCUGGGUCAUGUUUAGAAGUGUUCCGCCCCAAUCCUUUCAUUGAAUGUCAUGGGCGUGGUACAUGUCACUACUUUGCCAACAAAUACAGCUUCUGGUUAACGACUGUUGACAAGUCGUUUGUCUCACAACAGCGUCCUGACACACUUAAAGCAGGAAGUCAUCUAAGUCGUGUUAGCCGUUGUCAAGUUUGUAUCCGCUUUGCCAGUAAGAAGAAACGUCGGGCAGGACCUCAAGUACCAUUCCCUGCUUUUCAUGGUCAACUUUCUAACUCACUUCCAGUAGAUAAUCAACACUCUAAUUCAGCUCGGCACAACUUCAACUCAGGACAAUCUUAGAUGAAGUAAUCUACCCCUAUCCCAACUCCAGGUCUACACAUGGUGGGUCUCACUAGUGACAGAUCUAGAGGUGGGGCAAUGGGAUCAGCUGUUUUUUUUUUUUGUUUUAACCUAUGUGAGACAAGUUUGAUAAUUUUGUAUUUGAAAGAACAGCACUCAUGUAGUARACAAAAAAGUCUUCAAUUUGGAUCCCGUUUUGGAUCCUCCAUUACUCAUUGAAGUUUAACUAAAUAUUGUUAAUAGGCACUUAGUAUAAUUAAGGUUUUUAGUUAGUGCUGUUUUUACACUAUAUUUGUUUAUGUUUAUUGUAGGAUGAUGACAUUAAUGUUAUUUUGUUUGUUUUUGUUUUUCUUUUAGUUUUCCUGUUAAAUUAUAUAAUAUCAUUACCUAAUUUUAAAUUGACCGUGAUGUAGAGCAAACUUGUAUGAUCUAAAACUAUGGCAAUUUAAUUUUUUUCUCAAUUCAAUGUUUUCCAUCAAGGUAUUUUGUUUUCCAUGUGAUGAUCCACACCAUGCUUGGCAAUAAAAAAAUCUGCUCAAAUACCAGAUAAAAAUUCAUAAAAAKAACAAACUUAAUUAAAACCUUGUUUGGGUAAUUGUCAUUUCAUUUAUUGGCUAUUGGAGCUAUUAAUUAGCUCCACAUUCACACAGAAGGCACAUAUAUUCAUUGAGAUUCUAGAAGUUGAUUAAACCAUUUUUAUCUCGUUUUUUUUGCUAUCAUGUUUAAGUAAUAAAAUUUAACCAUAUAAAAAAAACACCCCAAAAAAAAAUGUAAAAAAGGUAUGCUAUAGAUUAGUAGGGGAAAGAGAUUAAGUGAGAGGUCUACAAAAAUUGGACCAUAUUUUUACUAAAUAACUAUAUAUAGAUAUACACCUAAUUGUUAAACCGUAGUCGGGUUUUAUUAAGGGAAAGCAAAUAUUAUGAGUAUAACAGUGUUUCAAAGUCAAACCCUGAAUACAAUUGACCUCUAUAUGUAAUGCUAUAAUGUAACAUGAUCUAGCCUGUAAACAUCCGUUUCUCACCCCUCCCUCUACAGGGAAAAUUCAGGGAGGGGUGAGAUACGGAUGUACACAGGCUAAAAUGAUACAGAAAUUAAGGAAAGUUGUAGUGCUUCAUUUCUAUACCAUGUUUAUCAUAGUGCCAUCUUAGUCUGGGUAUUAAAAUCCUCUUUGGAGUAGUCUUCCAUGAUAUGACUUUUUUCAACCCGACAACGUUAAUUCAAUUAUGUGUAUAAGUUCCAUUUUUAAUAUUUUUAAGGGUAUUAGGAAUGAAGGAUAUAUAUUAAGAAUACACAUUUAUCAUCAAAGUAAAUUUUGAAAACUGAAAACUUUGUCAUAUGGAAUAAAUUCAAGCAAGAGAAAUGAUAAAAUCCACUAAUGGGAAUAAAUUGAAAGAUAUUGGCAGCUGAACAAAUGUUUUUUGGUAUUUGUAUUUGGCAAUUGAAUUUUAUUUUUUUUAUUCCCCUCUAGUAUGUUAAUUGCUUGUUUUUGUAUGACAAAGUUUCAAUGAUUAAGUGUAAUCAAUGUGAAUACUUGUUAUGUUGUUUAAUGAUUAUAAUAGUUAUAAUGUGAUGGGGUUUAUUUUUUUAGCAUUUUUUAAUAAAUUUUUUUCUACUAAAA